AUGGAAGAUUCAAUCCGUUCCGUGCUCAUAUUAGCUCCAAGCAAUCUGGAGGACCUCGAAGAUGAAUUCUGGCUGUCGCUGAAACAGUUCAUACAGGGGUGGUUUUACGAUACCGCUUGGGAUGUCUUGCACUCUGAUGUUCAGUUUGGCUCACCGCUCCGCCACAGUCGCCUUUUACAUUUCAAAAAAGACGAAAGUUUCAUGAUCACCGCCCGUGCUGAAAGAUCCGUUGUUAUGAACCAGAUCAGCGCGAUGUAUCCUACAAAUUGCGGAGGUGUCUACUUUGUUGGAAACCGUGAUUGUAAGUUUCAACCUUUAUUUUUGAACUUUAUUCAAUUUCAAUGUACAUAUUUUCUACUACAGGUCGUUUCGUUGGCCGCCACACCGUCCCCAAGACAGAAAACAAUGUUAUUGUUUACCGCUACAUCGAGGAUUUGCGCGCCGCCCACAAGGAGACCAGCCUGUACACGAAGUCACAAUACUUCGACAUAGAACGUGUGUUGGAUGACGAUCUGAAUCCCGAAGAUCCCGCUUAA